UGAACAUGAUUUCUACCGGGAACUGGAUAAUGCUGAGUAACCAUUAAAAGGGCACGUGGCUCUUGGCAACAAAAGACAGCACAUAGACUCUAAAGAAGCUAACUUUGCUACGGAUUCUACAACCUAUACUAUUCUCUAGAAACUUGAACAACAACUAACACCGUUGCACUAGCUAAUGAAGAUGAGAGCAGAAUGAGGGAAGUCCAGGUUGAGCAGCAGAGUGUGAGGUUUGAUGGAGUUACAGUGACAAGGUCACACAUCAUUGACUGGCUCAUCUUAUUGCUACUUCUGGUGAUUUUAGUUGUUCUCAAUGUUAUUCAUCCCUUUUACCGUUUUGUUGGGAGGGAUAUGGUGGGUGAUUUCAAGUACCCAUUAAAGAACAACACUGUUCCUAUCUGGGCUGUGCCUAUUUAUGCAGUUUUGCUGCCUAUAUUCAUCUUUCUGCUGUUUUAUUGUUACCGAAAAGAUGUCUACGAUCUUCACCAUGCUAUACUAGGGGUGUUGUUCUCUGUUCUGGUGACUGGAGUGAUUACGGAUGCCGUAAAAGACGCGGUUGGUCGGCCCAGGCCGGACUUCUUUUGGCGUUGCUUUCCAGAUGGGAAUGAUGUUUAUGAUCGAUGGGGAAACGUUGUAUGCCAUGGUGACGAGAAUGUUGUCAGGGAAGGCCACAAGAGUUUUCCUAGCGCCCACACUUCCUGGUCUUUUGCUGGUCUUGGGUUUCUGUCACUGUAUUUAGCAGGGAAGAUAAGCGCAUUUGAGCGUAAGGGUCAUGUCGCAAAACUUUGUGUAGUAUGGCUUCCUCUUCUGCUUGCAUCUCUGGUUGGGAUUUCUCGGGUUGAUGACUACUGGCACCACUGGCAAGAUGUGUUUGCUGGAGGUUUACUCGGUUUCGUAGUUGCCACAUUUUGCUAUUUGCAGUUCUUCCCGCCCCCAUAUCACGUUCAAGGUUGGGCAACUUAUGCGAGAUUUGGGGUGCGGGAUGAGGACUCCCGUGGGACGAAUACUACUACUGUGGCUAAUGUUGCAGUAAGCUCAGACAAUAAUAAUAAUGGUGUUGAUGAGAAUGAGCAGCAGAAUGGUGCAUUCAUUGGGAUGUGUUUGUCUACUAAUUUUGCAGCCACAACAGUGGAUGAUGAUGAUGAUAUGGAGUCUGGCAGGCGGCGCUAGUAUAGUUUUCACAAUUUGUUUCUGUGCCAAUCUUUGGUUUGUAGAGGGGUAUGUAUGGUGGGCUUAGAAGAG